AUGGGGAAGCAGAACAGCAAACUCCGCCCAGAGGUGAUGCAGGACCUGCUGGAGAGCACGGACUUCACAGAGCAUGAGAUCCAGGAGUGGUACAAGGGCUUCCUGAGGGACUGCCCCAGCGGGAACCUCUCCAUGGAGGAGUUCAAGAAGAUCUACGGUAACUUCUUCCCCUACGGAGACGCCUCCAAGUUCGCCGAGCACGUCUUCCGCACCUUCGACGCCAACGGGGACGGGACGAUAGACUUCCGGGAGUUCAUCAUCGCUCUGAGCGUCACGUCACGGGGCAAGCUGGAGCAGAAACUGAAGUGGGCCUUCAGCAUGUACGACCUGGACGGGAACGGAUACAUCAGCAAGUCUGAGAUGCUGGAGAUCGUACAGGCGAUCUAUAAGAUGGUGUCAUCUGUGAUGAAGAUGCCAGAGGAUGAGUCGACUCCAGAGAAGAGAACAGAGAAGAUCUUCAGACAGAUGGACACCAACAGAGACGGUAAACUGUCUCUGGAGGAGUUCAUUAAGGGUGCUAAAAGUGACCCCUCCAUCGUGCGUCUGUUACAGUGUGACCCCAGCAGCGCUGGACAGUUCUAAACCACCCUACCCUGGGGGGGCAACACACAAUUGCUUAUUUGGGUGAAUCCAAGUAGCCCCUCCCUCCUCCACUUUGGGGCAAACUGAUGAAGAAGACAAGCCAUGCCUUCAAAUGAUGACACUGAAGACAAUGGGCCAAUGAGAGCCAGCCUUGUUCUCCAGACUCCUCCCUCCUCCUCUCUUUAACCAAUCCCCAGCAGAGACCUAACUACAUCGACAGGGGUACCAGUCAUGAUGUGGUCCAGUCCACUCUCCAUGUAUUUGAUAAGGCCCAGGACCCUAUUCCCUGUAUAGGGCACUACUUUUAACCAAAUCCCUAUAGGCCCUGGUCAUAAGCAGUGCUCUAUGUAGGGAAUAUGGUGACAUUUGGGACACAGACCUCCUGUUUUAAGGCUGUAAACUGGAGUCUCAGUUUGGUUGGCAGUGUACUGGACACACCCACUGCCCUCAACUAGGUCCUCCUAGCUCGAGAGAGAGAGAGAAGAGAGAGAGAGAGAGAGAGAGAGAGAGAGAGAGAGAGAGAGAGAGAGAGAGAGAGAGAGAGAUUGUAGUUAUUUUACUGUUAUAAUGUGGAUGUGUUUUUCAAGCUUGAUACACUUGUGUUUAGUUGUAAUGUUUCUGCGUGGUAUUUUCAGACGGGUUGAAGAUGGGGUCUCCAUAUAGUGCUGUGCAGAUACUGUUAAAGGCCCUUAGUCAUGGUUUGAAGUAAAUAAAGGAAGAGGACUGUCCCCAUGGAUGAGUCCCAAACAGCACCCUGUUCCCUACAUAGUGCACUAACAGGGCCCUUCUGGUCUAAAGUAGUGCACUAUAUAGG